AUGAGUGACGAAUAAAUUUAAGAAACAACAUCCCAAUAUAUCCUACAAGUAUCCAUAUCAGGAAUUUCUAUUUUAUGCUGCCUGAUCAUAACAAUAGGCUUUAUCGCCUUCAAAAAUUUGAGAAAAUCUGCUCUUAAACUUGUUUUAUUUUUAUGCAUCUCAGAAAUGAUAUUUUCAAUAUCUAUGAUUAUGAGGCCUCCAAAUUAACAAAAUAAUUAGCUUUGUGCAGCUUAGAUCUUUUUUGGCAACCUUGGGCAUUUACUGUCUUUAUUUUGGACCUGCAUGAUAUCAUACAGUCUCCAUAGGAGCAUUCGCUAUGGUUAUGAAUAUGUAAAGUGCAUUAUGAAUAAGAUUAUACUGACAUCAUUAUUUGUUCCUACUUCGCUUGCUGGAUUGAUAUUGACGAGGUAAUACUUCUUCACAGAAAAUAAUUUUUGUAAUGUCUUGUAAGAGGGUAUUGAAGGUUCAGCUUUGAAUUCAGAUGAUACCAGUUUUUACAUCUAAAAGUUAAUCAUGCUUUUGGAAUUUUAAAUCCCAAUCUAUAUAUCUUUUGCAUUUAAUUUAAGACAAAUCAUUAGUGUAGCUAAAAUUGCAAAGGAAAAUUAAGUCCACAAUGUUGCAAUCAAAUUAAGAAGAAUUUACGUUUAUCCUUUCAUCAUUCCUAUUUGCUAAAUUUUUGCUCUUAUUUAUCAAGUUUAUGUGCUUAGUGGUGGAAAUCCUGAUAAUUAAACACUUAUCACACUAAAUAUCAUAUUUAGCUGCUCUUAGGGAGCAGUUAAUUCGAUUGUAUAUGGAUUCAAUCAAAAACUAAGAUGGUCUUUCAAAAAUGCUUAUAAUAACAGAAUGAGUGCAGCUUCUACUAGUCUAAAUGAAUCAUUAGUAAACAACGGAUAUAGCUCUUCUCAAACAGAAAGUCCUGAAAGAAAAAAAUCAGGAUUUAAUAAUAUUGUUAAAGCAUAUUAAACUGCAUCUGAAGAUGAAGAAGAAGAUAGAAUAUAAAAUAGUAGCUUUAAGAAACUCAAUAUGAGUAAAAGCAAUGCAUAAAAUAUUAAUUCCAAAAGCUCAUACUUAAAUUCCACCAAAUGUGGAUCUAAUAAUAACUUGAAUACAAUUCCAGAAUAGCCUCAUGAAUCUCCAUAUGAAAGAAGAAGUAGCAAAUUUUAGAGCUUUAAACAUAAUUCUUCUGAUUUUAUAGAAAGUGAUAGUUUUAAUGAAGGAGGUGAAGUAUCUGAUGACCUAUUGGAUGAAUAUAUUAGUAAUCAUUCUACACCUUCUAGAUAAUUCCAACUUACUAUUGCAGACUUUUGA